AUGGCAGCUAUUAGCGGCGAACGGGUGGACCGACCAAUACGUCCCUCCCCCUUAGCAUGCACCGAAUGCAGAAGGAAGCAUCUCAAGUGUGACGCUGUGGUCCCCGUGUGCUCACGUUGCAUCGCUAGGGGACUGCAUUGCAGCUAUACACCAUCACGGCGCGGAUGCGGUGGACGCUCAAGGCGGCUGCAGUCCCCUCGUAACGUCACCGGAUCGUUGCCGUCGACACCCCCUUUCGAUGUCGUUCAACCGGGCACCACCCACCAGCAUCAUCUGACGACCGCAAGGUCAACCUCAAACUUGCGAAACGUGUCACCAAACCGAGGUUGGAUCGACUCAAGCAUAUCUGGACGCCAACACCAACCACAAGGUCAGGCUGUCAACACGUCUCACGAUGCUUCGACACCAACGUCUUCAUCCUCACGAUCCUCACUCCGCUCUGAGGACGAGCACCUCACCAACUUGUUUUACUCCAACUUCUAUCCUGGCCACCCCUUCUUGGUGCCUCGAGGCCGAUACUUCGAUCAGAUCUACCCAGCAUGUCUAAGAGCAGUCGUGAAGUUCAUUGGAAGUCAUUAUGCUCCCAACAUAUCGAGCGACUGUUUGAGGGAGUCUGUCGCAACAACAAUCGCUGAGAUUAACCAAUCGUCUCCUGAAGCCGUGCAGGCCCUACUCCUGUACUCCAUCUCUAUGCAUGCACGAUAUGAGCCGACGGAAGCCAUGCCAGCGAUGAACAAGGCCGCAGAAAUGGCGAUUGAACUGGGCAUGAACACUGCAAAUUUCGCUAUCAAGCACGGCCACGGCGAUGCUACCUACGAAGAGUCUCUACGACGGACGUGGUGGGAGCUGUACGUGGCAGACGGAUACUUGGCCGCUCUGCACCGGCACACGUCGUUCAGGAGUAAUAUCGUCCUAACGACGACGCUUUUGCCCUGUGAAGAAGGCGACUACAGCGACGGAUCGAUACCGCCGAACCCUGCUUCGCUCGAUCAGUUCGACAUGAGGCUUUUCUCCGACGACGAACUACGCUUCUCGUCCUUCUGCUACCGCAUCGACGCAGUCCGCAUCCUUUCAAGAGUGAUCGCAGUAUCGACCACGAACGAAGCCCACGCAGACGCCAUCCAAGCCAUCGACAACGCCAUCGCAGGCUGGAAAUUCCACCUCCCGAACGACAAAGCCACCAUCGUCAACCACGCCGGCGAAGUCGACCAAAUGCUCUUCCAAGCCACAAUGUUCAUCCAAUGCGCCAGCAUAUUCCUGCACUUCCCACGCUCCGAACUCCCCAUCACCAUGCCCCCAGCCGCCGAAAUCGCCUGCGCGCAACAGCACAUGGAACAAGUCUCGCCGACCUCGACCCAACACGCCGUCAAAGCCAUGAGCGCCUCGAAAGACCUCGCGAACCUCGCGACGUUACCCAUGGAGAAGAACUCGCCCUUCCUCAUCUGCGGCCUCGUCUUCGCUUGCAUCGUCCAACUCUCCGCCUGCUCCGCCUACCCCCGCAGCACCACCCAACAAAACCGCGACCGCGUAGCCCUCCUCAUCGGUGUGCUCAAGUCUCUGAGUCGGAACUGGGCCAUCGCGCAGUAUGUCUCCGGCCAGCUGAAGCGAGCGGCGAAUGAGAUUUUCAACCCGAAGAGCGAGGUGAAUACGGCGCCGAGUAGUUCGUCGUAUGACAGUGCGGUGGAUUUGUCGAGCUUUCCGAAUGAUGUGAGUUGGUUGGAUUUGUUUUAUAAUGAUGGGAUGCAAGGGGGUAUGAUGCCGGGUGGGGAUAUGACGGGGUUGUGA